CUAAUUACGUAGAUGGUAAAGAUGGCAGGUCCACAUGGGUCUUCCUCGAAGACCAAGCUUUCAAAGAAUUUACUUCAGAUGAAGUUUAUGAAAAGAUGCACAGUUAAAGCAGAACAAGUUCAGAAUGAAGAGGAAAGACAGCGAGUCAUUGAUGAUGAGCACUGGGUUCUAGACAUACCAGAACUCAAACAGAAAGAAAAUAACUUUGUCACGGAACCAAGCCUAGUACCAAUAGAAGACUUAAAAUUUGGUAGAAUGUCAUUCAAAGGGUUUAAUCCAGAAUUAGAAAAGUUAGUGAAGAGGCUAGAGACAGAAGGAGAGCUGGCAGCUUCAGAAGAGAGAGAAAAAAUUAACAGUGUGGAUGAUGAAGAAAUGGCAAAUAGAUAUGAAUCGCUUGUGGGUACAAUAGCAAAAAAAUUUACCAAAAAGCGUCAAAGAUCAUCAGCAAAAGAUGAUGAACAAGAGGAAAGAGACUCUGUAAAAAGAAAAAAGAGUAAAAAAGAAUUCAUGAAACCCAGUGAUGACUGAGAUACAUGCGGUUUUCCAACAAGUUAAUUAUAAAAAUGGGGUCUAACUGUCAAAACAGCCAAACUGUCAAAAUGCUAGGUCCGCCAUAUUUUAACCCAGAAGGAUAUAGCAGACACAAUCCUAGGAGCCUCCAAAUGGUGAAUCUCUUAAAAUAUGGGUCCUGUUUGAUGAAAUGUCCUUUUGACAUAAAAAGAUGCCUACCUUACUUCUUUAUUGGGAAUAUGGUCUUUAAACCAAGCAGCAAAAAUAAUUUAAGAUUUUCCUUUUAUGAUUGUGACCCUCAGUGGCAACAUUGGACCAUUUUAGUUGGUGUAUGCUGUACAUGUUGUAUUAAACAGCAUUUUAUUGAGGGACAUUUGUUCUCAUUAUAUGAGACCAAUUUGCAAUUUGCAGUAGCUUUCAAAUAGUGGGCUGUUGCUUAGCUAACAAAUUACUUUGUGUAAUACUGUACUGAUGGCUGCAUAAAAGUGACAGCUACAGUAAAGAAGAGAAUUCUGGAUCUAAUCCCUAGGUGUGAAAAUUUGUCAAAAACUGUAAUUGCACUAAACUUUUUAGUGAUGACUGAGGGAGCGGUUUGUUUCUUUCUCUCACUUUCACUUCCACAUUUGCUGGCAUACCAAAUGAGAUUUAUAACAGUUAUUUAGAUGCAAUAAGCAACUUAUUCUUUACGGGAUAUUUAUACAAAUAAUAUGGUACAAUAUCAUUAUGUUACCAUGAAAGAUUUACCAUUAUUUGCCCUGUUAUACAUGUACCACGUGUAGUUUGUCAGGAUAGUGUUCAACUGGAAUUAUAUACUGAUAGUUGUUUCACAGUGUCAUGCUCUAGAUCAUUGAAUGGACAGAAUAAGGUUUUGUGUUUCUGUGUUGAUAAAAGUUGAAAAUUUUUGGAUACUGUAACUCCUUCAGUGUAGCAGGAAAUGUUACAAAACCGCAUAGUAAUGCACUCCAAGAGUGAAAAAGUCAAGAAAUUCUAUACACUUGGCUACGUUUGUUCGUGUUUUGGUUCGUAAAUUGCUGAUUAAGAAGCUGCUUUACAGGCAGUGUUGGAUUAACGUGGGGAAAUGAGGGUUGAUGGCAUGGCUCUUUCUAAAAUUUAGAUAAAUCUUUUUAACACUGCCUUGUGUAUUACCAUCUCUUUGAGACUACCAAGCAACCAACUGCAAACAGUUGAAUACUAAAAUAUGAUUGAUCGGAAAACUUACUUAAGUAAGCAAGAGGUUAUUUGAACCUCGAUGUUUGUUGGGGUAGGGGGAUGACCCCCCUGAACAUCAAAUUAUCGGGAAUGUGAAUAUUGAGCAUGUCAGUUAUGGUCUUAACCCAAUAAAUUCAAACCGCUCGACCAAUCGAUUUGCCUAUAUAUGUAAGCUAUUUAUAUAAUAUAUAAAUCAGAUCAAAAUCGUAUUAAAACUCAAGAUUUUAUAUUGAAUGAAUGAAUGACUUUUGCAACCGACGUGGUCACUUGUCCCAUUUUGAACAUUGUUCAGGUAAAAGUACUGUCACACUCGUAUCGUACAGCACUAACGUAUCAAAAAAUGCCCACAGCUGUUUCGUUAUACCGACGUCGUUUACGUCUCGAGUACGCAGGCAAACGGUGUACCCAGUACUUUCGCAUAGGGAGAAAAUGUUUUAAGUAAACUCAAAAACAAUUUCACGCGUUGCUGAUAUGUUCAUUUUCACAUGCUGAAAAAAAGGGUGAUUUCAUACGCAUUGCCUCUUAUUAAUCCAGAAUAAUACUAAUGGCAAUCCUGAAUUCCGUACUUCAGAAAUAGCAGGGUAAUAUGCAGCUUUAUGUCGGAGAAAACUUGUUAAAUUUUCAUUUCUUUUUAAGAUAAGAUAAGAGUUUAUUUAGCCAAUUAUAAAAAUCGGAAAUCA